CCUAAACGGCCAAUAAAAACAUCCGUCUCUGUUCAGUAAUUUUGCAGCUUGUAAUAAUGACAGCUAGCGGUCUGAAUCAUGUUAAGCUUCACGACUAAAAGGAAGGGAGGGAAACAGAAAUCUGUUUUUACUGUACAAAGAUUUGAUGGCAAACCCACGACGUUUUCCACAAUUGUUUACUGUAGGCUGGUUACAGCUGUUUCAUAACAGGAAAAUAAGAACAAGUGAAGUUGACUUUCUGUUUCUGUCCUGCUUCAUAGUCGGAUUUUGACAGCUUUACGUAACAUUCUAGAUAUUUACAGCUGUUGGGGUACAGAAGUGCAUCAAAGUACGGUAAUCGAAACCCGCUCAGGCUUACUGCAGAAGAUGGAAGAAUGUGUUCUUUUUGUAGUCUGUGUCAUUUUUACCACUUUAUUACCAACUACUUCUGGAUAUCCAAAUGGAAGAAUAGAGGAGGCGUGUUCAACAAUGGAGCCAAUUCAUGGGAGUGUUAAAUCACAGUCAAGUUCACCACCCUACUCAAUUACAGUGUCAAACACAACCUACACCCCAGGAGAUAAAUUCACAGUCACACUGGAAGGCUUGUCCGGUCAACAAUUUACAGGAUUUCUACUAGAGAGUGUAUCAGUUGGAACUAAUGAAUUUCUUGGAACAUUUACCAUCCUAGACUCAAAAUCUCAAACCCUUACCUGCAGUAGGAAAGAGAAUGCUGCAGUGAGUCACACAACAAAAGUAAAGAAGCAGAAGAUACAGUUUGAAUGGACGGCACCUUCCACCUCUCAGGACAUACAAUUUAAAACAACAUUACUUCAGAGUUAUGAUGUGUUCUGGAGUAACAUCAAAGGCCCAGUAAUGAAGAGAGCUCGUGUCACUGAUCCUGCUGCUACGACCAGUGCCUCUAACACAGCUGCCACAAAGACGUUGGUUUCUUCCAGUAAUCCUGUGAGUGAUAAUUUACAGAUAUCCAGUGGUGGCUGUGGAACUUCCAAAUUUUGCUUCAGUGUCCCUGCAGAUUGCAGUCCUGACUCAAAUCCAGAUUGCUUUUUCAUGUCCUCUUCUGUGACUGGAAAUGCUGGAACAGGAACUUUUGGCUUAAAAUUUGAACUAAGUGGCAAAUCCAGUGGAUACAUAGCUGUUGGACUUUCAGAUGACAAGAUAAUGGGUGCUGAUGAUAUUUAUUGUUGUGGCGUUGGCACAAAUGGAAAAGUCCAAGUACAACAUGCCGUUUCUUCAGGAAAGACGACACCUACUACAUUGCCUGUGGACAACAUAGAAAUUAUUGCAUCCUCAUUUACUGAUGGAGUUAUCAAAUGUUCAUUUAUCAGAAGAUAUCAGAUAUCUACACAACAGAGGGCAGCCACUGAUUUGUUCUAUGUGUUUUUUGCUACUGGACCUUUUUCUGGUGAUCAAAUGGGAUUCCAUCCCCGGUUGCCUUUCAUCACAGAAGCAAAAGUGAACAUUUCAAGUUUUCAGGUGGCAAGUGGUAGUGCUAGUGAAAACUUCAUUAUCAAAGCUCACGGUUUACUUAUGUUAGCGGCCUGGAUGACUGCUGCAAGUAUUGGAAUGAUCAUGGCUAGACAUUUUAAGACUGCUGCAAAAAUACUUAUACACGGCAAAGCUGCUUGGUUUCAGGUCCAUUAUGGAUUAAUGGUAGUGACUGUAGGAGCAACAGUAAUUGGCUUUAUAAUGGCGUUUGUUUCAAGACUCGGGUGGAGUUAUGAUAAGGGAGCCCACCCAGUCAUUGGCUGUAUUGUUAUGAUUCUUUCCCUAAUCCAGCCAUUUAUUGCUUUCUUUCGACCAGCACCCCAAGCUAACAGGAGGCCUCUUUUCAAUUGGUUUCAUCGUCUUAAUGCUUUGCUGAUAAAGAUUCUUGCAGUGGCAUGCAUUUUUCUUGGACUGGAAUUGAUUGAUGAAUCUGAAAAUGGAUGGCUCUCCAAAGUUAUGGGAGGUUUUGUAGGAUGGGAGGUGCUCAUGUUUAUUCUCCUGGAUGGUUAUCAGAGGUUUAACAAGAAAGCAUCCAUCCAUCCAUUUUACAUUCCUGCUUUCUGCAGUUCACGGUCACAGGGGGCUGAAGCCUCUACUAGCAAGCAACGGACACAAGAAAUAGAAGAUGAAGACAAAAAGGUGAAUAAGGAAACAUACAUACUCGUGAUCUACAUAUGUGGAAAUGUGGUCUUUCAAGCAGCACUCUUCUAUGGAAUUAGACGAGGAUAGCAAAAGACUUUCUAAUUAGUAAAUUAGAGGCUUUAAACCUUAAAAUGAUUUUCUGUCAUGUAAUGCAUCUUGAAAUAAAAAUUCAGACACUGUAGCAACAGUUCAUUUCAAAUCUGCUUGAGUUUUCAAGCUACCCGAGACUUUCCUUUGGAAUUGUUAUAAAUUACCAGCGCUGACUAAUUUAUUUACAGAUCAUAAUGCAAAAAUAUGAUAUGAACUUGUUACAAGUUCAGACAAAUUAUUUUAGGGUAGACUUAAACUGUGGAUUUAAGAUGAAGUCAGUAUGAAUAAAGAAUGCAUAAAUGUAGCUAAUAUUUGUUAAGAAUGUGAAACAUUUGAAUAACAGCAUUUGCUUGCUGCCCCUCCCCAAUUCCUACAACCCUGUUGUAUUCACAGUGAUUAACUGAUGAAAGACCUAUUUAUAUUCACUAGUAGUCAUUCAGUCUCCUCAUCACAAAACAGUAAAGUACCCACUAUAAUUCAGGCACUUAAUUGAUCCUGAAGUUGGGAGAGGUAUGACUUUGUCAGGCAUUUCUUCUAAACUUUGGAAAUUCUAUGUUUUUUAAGAUGAGAAAAAGAGUAGGAGGCAAGACCUGCAAUCUCUCUCCCUAGAAAGACUGAAUGUACUUGUGAUAUGAAAUAUAUUUUGCAAUAUGUAUGGAUUUGUACUUGAGAUAACUUUAUUCAGGUUUAUAUAGAGGCAUUAAUUGAAAAUCUCCUCCCAUUUAAGAGUUGCAAGUAAACAGUCCUGGAGAUUUUUCUACUUGUUAUGUGUAGUCUAAAAAUAAAUAGUACUAAUGGUAAUUCAUCUUCCAGGUGUAAACUCUGGCUACAGGACUUUAUUUCCCAGGUAAUGCCUUCUCCUGAACAUCUACACCUCAGGUCUGGGCUUGAUACCUAAACUGGGCAGACCACAGAUCUCCAGGUAUUUGUUGAUAUUGUUAUGUGGAAAAUAAACAUGAAAAUGAGGCUACCAUGAGCAUGGGAACAGGAUGGGAGAGAGAAGGAUUCGUUUUUGCAGCACAGUCCCUUCAUAUUAAGAGACACAGCAGUAUUGUGAAUACUUUGUGCAACUGUGUAUCCUAUUUUGAGAUCAUCUGUGUUCAGGACAAACAGGAGCACGUACUAGACAAAACCAGUGAACUCCAUGGGUGGAGCACCUAAAGCAGAGAUACAUUUUAAGAUAGCUGAUUGAAUGAAACCUAUGUGUCUUCUGACAGAUGUCAGUUCAGAAUGCUUAGUGACUGUAAAAAUAGAAUGCCAAGUUAACAGCAGCUCAGACUGCAUAUAUAUAUAUA